AUGUUUAACAAUUUUUUAAAUAUGUACAUGUGUACAUUAGCAGAAAAAUUAUGUAAGUUCAAAAAAAAUAAUUUUAACAACAUUCAUAGGAAUAAUAAUUUUUAUAGGGAUAAUAAUUUUUAUAGGGAUAAUAAUUUUUAUAGGGAUAAUAAUUUUUAUAGGGAUAAUAAUUUUUAUAGGGAUAAUAAUCUUUAUACAAAUAAUAAUCUUUAUAGGGAUAAUAAUUUUUAUAGGGAUAAUAAUUUUUAUAGGGAUAAUAAUUUUUAUAGGGAUAAUAAUCUUUAUACAAAUAAUAAUCUUUAUAGGGAUAAUAAUCUUUAUACAAAUAAUAAUCUUUAUAGGGAUAAUAAUUUUUAUAAUAUUACAUUGCGGAAAUUUCAUUUUAUACAAACAAUAAGUAAUAACAAUUUUAAUUUUGAAAUUAUAAAAAAGUAUGGAGAUGUAAUAAAUAAAAUAAUGUUUAUCCAUACACAGAAAAAAAAUAAACAGGAAAGGUUCAUGUUCAAUAAUAAGAAAUAUAUUAAAAGAAAAGAAUAUAUAUUAAAUGAUUUAAACGAAUUUAUAUCUAUUAUUCCACAUCCUGAAAUUAAUAAUGAAAUAACUAAUAACUCAAAUCAAAAAAAAAAUAAAGACAACAAACAAAAUGUAUUAUCGACGAACCAACAAAUUAUAACCAAUUAUAAUUUAAACCAUAAAGAAAAUGUAACAUCAAAUCUUAAUUUUAAUAACAAAGAAGAAGAUGAAAAAAAACUAGAUAAAUUAUUAAAAAAAAGAAAUAUCAAAAAAAGGGAUAUAGUAACUAUAACGGAAGAAGCUAAAGAGGAAUUAAAAAAAAUUAUUUCCAUAAAUAAAAAGGAAAACAACAAUAAUUAUAAUAACAUGAACACAAUUUGUAGCGACAAUCAUAAUGACAUGAACACAAUUUGUAACGACAAAAAUAUUUUGAAACUCUUCUUUAUUACAAAAGGAUGUAAUGGAUUAACGCAUUCAUUCAAUUUUAUAUCCAAAAAAGAUAUACAUAAAGAAGAUGAAAUUAUUUAUGACGAUCAAAAUAAUAUACUACUAGUAAUUGACAAAAAUUGUAUCUUAUAUGUUAUCAACACAACUUUAGAUUAUUAUAAAGAUGAUUUGACAGAAAAAUUUAUUUUUAAAAAUCCAAAUAUUACAUCUAUAUGUCCAUGUGGUACCAGUUUUCAUUUUUCAAAAAAAAAAUAA